UAUAAUAAAUAUAUAAGUAAAUUUAAAUGUAAAUAAUCUUAUAUUACAUAUAUUUGAAUUAUUUCAUACACUUACGUAAUGACAAUAGUAAUGAGCAUGAAUGUUCGUUUAUUUAUGAAAAAGAGAGUAGCCGUUAUGGACUAUAUUAUGCACUUUUCUUCAAGACCUACGUCAUCUGAAGUUUUAACCUCAUAUUUAGCACAAUGUAAAGAACCUCCUUGGACAUCAUAUUUCGUAAAGUACAGCAGUGUAAAAGAUGAUCAAUUUGGAAUGUCUAACUUUAAUUGGAAGGUUGGCAAGUCAAAUUAUCAAAUAUUAAGAACUGGUUGCUUUCCAUACAUCAAGUAUCAUUGUUCAAGAAAAGAAGAAGAAGAUUUAGUUACGUCCGAUAGAUUUAUGAGAAUUAUCAAAAUAGUUAAUUUAGGUAUACCAUGUUUACUCUACGGUCUUGCAGCUACACAACUUAUCAAACAUGAGGAAGUAGUAUAUACAUCCAAAGGCUCUGUCACUAUAUACUUUUUGUUACCUGAACAUAAAGGAUCUUUGCAUUAAGACACUGUGUAUAAUAAUGAUUGUUUAUUUUGUAAAUAUAUAAUUAUUUU